GCCCUUAGCCCUUAUAAUACUCUCCCGUUUCAUGAAAAGACGGCUCUUAGCCAAAAAAUAAUUUGCUUUCCAAAAUUAGAGUGGCAAUUAGUAGCCAAGGAACAGACCUAGAUGGCUUAUGUUUGGUACUGUUAGGCGGCUCGAUCCCUCCUCUAUUCAAAUCAAUGUAGCACUUUUCCAACGACUCAGACCUUGUGCCUCAACUGCAGGGCUUUGCUCGCCCAAUUUUACGUAGAUUUACAGGAUCUGUCGUCUAGCGUGGUUGAGUGAGGUUGAGCUAAAAAAAUAAAUGUAAAAAUUCUGAUGUGUGAAAGUUUUAAAUUACAUGUUUUGUUUCAUUAGCAACAUUUGUAUAGGCAUUGGAUGAAAUUUUUGCCCGAUCUAUUAAUGAAAACCCUUCAGACUUACAUAAUGUAUAUAUUUAAAAACUUCAUUUAUUUUCCUUAUACUCGCAGUUUUUAAUAAAAAAUUGAUUCUAAUUUCUCAGAAAGACUUUAUUUGUUUUUUAUUUGUUUUUUAACAACAUAUACUAUUUACUUUCUUGUUAAAAUAUUUGAGAACGUGGGCCAGUGUUUACAGCAAUAACAUAUUAUUGUUGAACGAAGAAUUUAAAAUUUAUGCAAACUUCUCAUUUCAAAAGAUUUCUUAACAUAAUGGUAGCUUAUGCAAAAGGUAAACAAAUGCUAGAGAAGUUAGAAAUCUUACAUAGUAAAUGUAUGCGAUUAUAACAUAAAAAUAUAAAAAGAAAUAUUUUAAAGAAUGGAGACGCCGUCCUAAUGUUUGAAGAUUCAAACAACAGCUUCAUACAAAGAAGAUGAAAAUUAUUUUACCGUUCUUCUGUCUCUUUCUGUCAACUGCACAUGCCAUAACAGUGAAUCUGUCAUUACCAUCAGUUAACCUUGCAUAUGGAAAUGCCAUCAACGCAACUUGCAAAGUCUCGACAGAUGAUGAAAUUUCAUAUUUCAUUUGGAAGCAAAAUGGAACUGUUGUUGCAAAUACAUCUGUAAACUUUUUAACAAUAAGAAAUAUUACUCAUCAUUUGAAUGGAGAAAAUGUUAGUUGUAUCGCAAUGAGUAUGUCGGGAAAUAUAAGUUUAGAUUCAAAAACACUUGAAGUAUAUGAUUUACAAUUAACUGCUUCAUCUACAGUUGUUUUAUCCGGAGCCAGUCUUAUAAUAACUUGCAAAGCCUCCGGAUCCGGAGAAAUAGAAUAUCAAUUUUUUAAAAAUGGGAGAAACAUCACAAAUUUUCAAUCAAGUAACACCCUCCGAUAUCAUAGGAAAGGUCUCAAGACAGCUAAUGCAGGAAUAUAUCGAUGUGAUGCAAGAAUUAACAAUAUCUCUCGUCGAUCAAAUGUUGUUUCGGUCAAUGUAACUGUUUUUGCUAUGCCUCGUCCUAUGGCAGGAUACGAAGGGAAAGGUGUUAACAUCACAUGUGUUGUCAUUGGUGGAGAAGUAAUGCAAUCUUACACGUGGAAAGUAAAUAAUAAAACAAAAAAUGAAACGUCCAAAUAUCUACAAUUACAAAAUAUUACACUUGAUAUGUUUGGCUGGAAGAUUGGUUGUUCAGCAACAUCCUUUACUGGUGUCAAAAGCAAUGAAUAUACCUCACAUUUCCGUGUUUACUAUUUUCACGAUCCAACUAUACGUCUAUUGUGGAACACUACCAAGCGUACAGAAGGUCGACGCAUAGAUUUGGAGUGCAACUAUGCUUUAUAUCCACACCAAGAUUUCAAUAUUACUUGGUUUAAAGAGGGUAGAGUAAUUAACUACCAUGGACGCUAUCUUAGCUAUGCUUCAUCCAGAACAGAUACUGGUAAUUAUUCAUGUAUGGUGAACAACACAUUCUUUUCACAAGUUAGAUAUUCCAAUGUUCAAUUUUUGGAAGUCAUAUAUAUGGACAAACCAACAGUGAACAUCACAAAAAGUAGAGACGUUAUAGUUGAAGGAGACGAUUUGUUUUUCUAUUGUUACGUAAAAGCAUACCAUCCAUCGUUAAGUAUCACAUAUAGUUGGCUUAAAGAUAGAAAACCAGAUGGAGGGUACUAUGUAAUGAGUAGGAAUCAAACGUUCUCCCUGAAAAACAUUAAUAGAAACCAAGGUGGAAGAUAUGUUUGUAACGCAAGGACGAUAUUUAUGGACGAUCAGAACAGAAGAGAAAAAAUUGAAAAAGACAGUGAAGAAAUAAUCGAUGUUCAUUAUCCACCUCAUAAUUUGGGAAUAUCUUUGGAUAAAGAUUUCCACAAGGUACCAUUAGGAAGUACCUACAAGCUAACAUGUUCUUUAUCGAAUUAUGGUAAUCCAAAAGCAACAAUCCAUUGGUUCAAGCAUAGUGAUAAAACUCCUCUUCAAAGUGGCAUUCCAGGAUUUCCAUUGACAAUGAACAUAAAAGCAAUGAACGAACAAAACAUAUCUUAUGUAUGCGUAGCCAACAACAGUGUUGCUGAAGUAAGGAAGGAGGUCAAUAUCACCAUAGUAGUCGUGAUGACCGUGAAUCUAACAUUACCAUCAGUUAACCUUGCAUAUGGAAAUGCCAUCAACGCAACUUGCAAAGUCUCGACAGAUGACGAAAUUUCAUAUUUCAUUUGGAAGCAAAAUGGAACUGUUGUUGCAAAUACAUCUGUAAACUUUUUAACAAUAAAAAAUAUUACUCAUCAUUUGAAUGGAGAAAAUGUUAGUUGCACUGCAAGGAACAUAAUGGGAGAGACAAGCUCAGAUAUCAAAACUCUUGAUGUUUAUGACUUACAAUUGAAAGCUUCAUCUCAAUCUGUUCUAUCAGGAAGCGCUCUCACAAUAACUUGCAAAGCUUCCAGUCCUGGCGAAAUAGAGUAUAUGUUUUAUAAAGAUGAUUACAAUAUCACAAAUUACCAAGUUGACAACUCUCUUCGAUAUUUUAUGAAAAAUCUUACGACAGCCAAUGCAGGAGAGUAUCGAUGUGAUUCACGAAUUAACAAUACUACUCGUCAGUCGAAUAUUGUUUCAGUCAAUGUUACGAUCCAUACAUGGCUUUUUGGUUUGGCUGGGUAUGAAGGAAAGAAUGUGAACAUCAGCUGCCACGUUUUUGGUAAAGACGCAAUAAAAUUUUACACCUGGAAAGUAAAUGAUAGAAUACAAAAUGAAACCUCUAAAUAUCUACAAAUACAAAAUAUUACACUUGCUAUGUUUGGCUGGAAGAUUGGUUGUUCAGCAACAACGUUUACUGGUAUCAAAAGCAAUGAAUAUACCUCACAUUUUAGUGUUUACUAUUUCCACGAUCCAACUAUAAAAUUGUUAUGGCAAACUAACAAACGUAAGGAAGGAGACCGAAUAGAUCUUGAGUGCGACUACCGUAUCUUUCCACAUCGAAAUUUUAAUAUUACUUGGUUUAAAGAUGGCAAAGUAAUAAACUAUCAUGUACGCCAGCUCAGUUAUGCUUCAUCAAGAUCAGAUACUGGUAAUUAUUCAUGUAUGGUGAACAGCACAUUCUUCUCACAAGCUAGAUAUUCCAAUGUUCAAUUUUUGGAAGUUAUAUAUAUGGACAAACCAACAGUGAACAUCACAAAAAGUAGGAAAACAUUUGUAGUUGAAGGAGAUGAUUUGUUUUUCUAUUGUUACAUCAAAGCAUACCAUUCAUCGUUAAGUAUCACAUAUAGUUGGCUUAAAGAAAUAAAACCACAUGGAGGGUACUAUGUAAUGAGUAGGAAUCAAACGUUCUCCCUGACAAACAUUGAAAGUGACCAAGGUGGAAGAUAUGUUUGUCGCGCAAUAACAAUAUUUAUGAAGGAGAAUAACAGCACAAGCAAGAUUGAAAGAGAAAGUGAGGAAGUGAUCGAUGUUUACUAUCUUCCUCAUAAUCUUGUAAUUCUUCCAGAUAAAGAGUUUCAUAAGGUUCAAGUAGGAAGCGCAUACAAUUUAACUUGUUCUUUGUCCAGUUACGGCAAUCCAAAGGCAACUCUUCAUUGGUUUAAAUAUGGUGAUGGAACUCCCCUUAAAAGCGGUACCUCAGGUUCCACAUUGACAAUGGAGAUAAAAGCAAUAAGCAAGCAGGACACGUCAUAUGUAUGUGCAGCAAACAAUAGUGCUGGUGAAGUAAGGAAAAAUGUGAAUAUUACAGUGUUAGAAAAACCUGAUGCACCACAAAAUUUACAUGUGAUUUCAAAGCCACCUGCUACUUUUGAAGUGACAUGGACAGCUCCAAGUUAUAAUGGAAAUGCUGCAAUAUCAAUGUACAUACUCAGGUACAAAAGUUUAUCACAUUUGAACUAUCAUCGCGUAAAUGUUACAUCAAGUUUAAAAGUUAACAUUAGUAAUCUAAUAUAUGGAAAAACGUAUGUUGUGAAAGUUCAAGCUGUAAAUGCGUAUGGUGAAAGCGAGGAAGCAAAACUAGAAACAAAUAUGACGGCUGAAGGAGUGCCAAGCCCUGUAGAAGUGAACCAGACAAUAUUUGGAGAAACAUCAAUUUCGAUAUAUUGGGGAGAGUCGAAAAAUAUCAAUGGCAUUUUGCAGGGUUAUAAUGUAACUUGGUCUUCGCCAGGAAAGAAAGUGUGCAACACCAGAGCAUGCUUGUUUUCAGAGCUUCGACCGUUCCAAAACUACACUGUUUUUGUCCACGUGUAUAACACUUUGUGUUUUGCUACGACACAGAAGAUAGUUUCGACACGUCCAAUUGUUCCGAAACCUCUCGACAAACCAGUACCCAUUCCUCCAGCAGACAAGAUCAGCAAUACGUCAUUCGGAAUCAACAUCGUUUUAUUUAAAGAAGAAGUGGGAAGUAUCAAACAUUAUGACGUCAUAGCAUGGAAACUGCAAGACAAGGAGUUGCCAUCAAAGUCACCAAAUGAUUUCUCAAAUGAAGAAAUUAAAGACAAGCUCGUGGGAAGACUGAUCAAUCCGAAAGAGAAUGAAUUGUUUAUCAUUGGAAGCAGCGUCACCAACAGAAAAAGAAGAUCUCUCGGAACACCAAACAAUUCAGCUCUGGAACCAAAUACAUACUACGUCGCUUUCGUCCGGGUCUACAUAACCGACAUAGACUAUCAAAGCUCACCUUGGUAUGGUCCUGUCCAGACAAAGUCUACAAAUAGUGAUGCAGGUGACAAAGAUGACGAUGAUGAUAAGAACCACACAACUGUUAUAGUGAUUGGUGUGUUGAUUGCUGUCAUUGUUCUCAUUGUCAUCGUUUAUGUCAUCAUUAGAACUAAAAAUAACUCGUACAAUACUACUCAUGUUAUAUCGUAUAAGAAAACAGAUGAACACGAAAUGAUAUGCCAUUGAAAACAUGGAUGCACUGGCUGUGUGAUUUUCGACACAUGUACCAACAAUUUCUUUCUUACAUAAGUAAAAUCUAUACACAAAUUCAAGUUGAACCCACGUGUUAAAGAAAAUAUUGGAACAAUAAGGAUUGUAUAGUAAUAUUUGUUGUAGCUGAUUAGAAAAGCGUUAAAGUAGAAAAACGAUAUGCAUGUUCAUCUAAAGAGUUUUAGCGAAAAAAAUGGCAAGGUUUAAAGCUUGCAAAGAGAAAAGUACCAACCCAGCGCUACAAAAGCCUUAGGAGGCUGUGGCCUGAGAAACAAGAUUUGCAAUUAAAAAAAAACAACGUUCUAGCGAGUUGAAAAGCAUUCUCUGUCAUGAAGUCCCUCAUAUUGAUCAUGUUGACAAAUAUUUUGCUGAUCUAGGCUGUUAUAACCCCGCAGUUUUAUUAUUUACAAUAAAUGGUUAAGUAUGCUUGGGAAGUAGAUUGUAAAUGAUAUUGUUUUUAUAUUUAUGGAAUACAGUGUAAUUAAUGUCUUUUGUGGGAUAACACAACUCAGGUGAGUAUUCUUUUUAUAAUUUUCUUACAUGUUUGUUUCUUGACGUUGUGUUGUCUGGUGAUGAAAGAUUUCUCUUUAUAAAACAAA